AUGCCUUCUGAUAUCCCACCACCAUGGGACAUCUACGCUCAAGAACUGUUUCACCAUCGCCAUGGCUAUCCCCUGUGGGCGCCCAACCCUGCUCGCGCUCAGUGGGAUGUUGAGAUCGCAGACGUAGGAUGGCUGAACGAGGGCACGUUCUUACAUCUCUUCCGGACCACGCUUCCUGAUGGAGCAGAACAUCAGCCGCACGAGCUGUUGCCGGAAGACUACGUGCCAUUCGUCCCGAGAGAGAGCACCCUUUUCCGAUCUCCCGAGAGUAUCACCCAGCCCGUGCUAUACAGUCGCACGAUCAAGAAUGUCUCGGUCUCAGGAGGGGGGUCGAUGAAUGCCGGUAACAUCGGAUUCCAGUGCGCAGAGGACCGCGGGGCGCUUCUACUACUUAGCCCCAACGGCUCGGCAACAUACAUGCCAUCUAGACGGAAAGUCACUCAAUACAUGCGCGAGUACUUGGACAAGUGGCUGCUGCUCGCGAACGACACACUGGACCUCCCACUGAACGAGCAGGAUAUCUACUUCGUCACCGGCGUAACGAAGACAAGCCGCUGGGGCGUCGCCGCAUUCUAUGGUAGCCAGCGGGGUGUGCAUGGCAGCGUCUCGUGCGACUUCGCUGCUCUCGGCUCCGCGAAUAUUGAAGUGAGCAUCUCCCGGUUGUCCGCCCCCGGUAUCUGGCACAAGACAGGCCCACCGCACGCGCGUAGGAGUGUUCCGGCUCUCGCUGUGCCGCAAGCCUCUCCUAACACUCCCGACAAACCGAACCAGUGCAUUUUCUUCCACUACUACAAGGCGAAGCGACGGAGAACCAAGUUUUUUCUUCGGCGCUUUGAGGCCCGGGCGGGUCCGCAUGAGCUGCCUCCACCGGACCCUGACGACUCGUAUGGCAGCUCAGAUGUUCUGGAAGAGGAUUCAGGGGGCGAUUCAGACUCUGAAACAGUGUCAGGUAUUUCGAAGGUGCGUGUAUAG